UUGGCAAGUACAUAGAUUCAGUUUAAACUGCUUCACUAGUGCACGUCGAGCAUCGAUGAAGCACCUAUCGCCACUUGGGAAUGUAUGGAAGUAUACCAAUAUCCAUAUUACUUACGAACUGUUUCCGAAGAGGAAAGAUCUUGCAUGUUGAGUUUGGGUUGCCCACUUUUAGUCGUCACCUGUUUAGGUUUAGUAGCAUGGACAAUGCGCACUUCUCAAACUUUCCGCACUGGUUCGUCUGAUCAUCUGUCUCCCGACAUGGACCUCAUCUUUCGCAUAUUGCGGCGAGUCACUUCGUUCAAAAAGAAGAAAUCUCUCGAUAGCCAUGCGUGUUUAGUGGUCAACAACGUUACCUCGGAAGCAAGUCCUCGGCCGACUCCACACGAUGCUCACGCCAUCCAACCUGUCAGGCAGUCUCCCCAAGCUUCGUCCACAUCUCUUCAUACGGAGUCCAGCACUAAAAAUUCGAUACUAUGCUCCCUUCCCUAUGAAAUUCUAGAAUUAAUUCUUCUUUAUCUCCCACCGAAAGACCUCCUCCUCUCUCAGCGCGUUUGUCGUAGAAUUAAAGAAAUCAUUAUCUUAUCCAAACCUAUUCGGAGGUGCCUUUUCCUUGAGCCGUCCCACCAAUCCGGCAGAAUAGCUACGUGGAAGCUGCUGAAAUGGAAUCCUUUCCUUGAGGACCUGUCUAUUCUGCUUGAAAUUCGAGUUAUUGGCGUUCAUCGUAGUCUCGAAGGACCAGUUAGAAUGAUAGCACACGUACGCAUCCGUAAGACUCCUCCAGCAGAUGCCCGCAGGCUCGAGGCUUUGCUCCACGACGAAGCGAAUUGGAGAGAUAUGCUUGUAACGCAACCACCAGCAACUUUCCUGAUGCACCCAAGCGCCAGUCUCUUUUGGAAAAGUCUCAUAGAGGACCAGGCACAAUUCUCUUACCAAGCCUCUGGAGUCAGGAUCGUGGAUAUUAUAUCCUAGGCUUGAUUGGCAGAAACCUGAUGCCCAAUGGAGGAAAAGCAAUUACAAGAAUCUCCGAUCGUCGCAUUCUGUUUCAGGUCUC